AUGGGCUCGACACAAUUUGGAAAAUUCCACGACUUUUGUCGGGAUUCGACUCUGCCUGUCUGCAAUCUUUUUGUCAACAACAACCAGCCCCCUAAUGAAGCGUUUGAUGGCUGUGCGCUUCUCGGCAUUAGCCUCAGCGGUGACCGACAUUUGAGCAAUUUGGGCUCGAUCUUACUGGCGUUCAUAGCCAUCCUGACAUCGCUUUUCCUGCUAUGGCGGUCAGAACGGAAACAGGCAGCUGUUGGGCGACGAGAGAUGCAAUUGUUCCUGCUCGGUUUUAUCGUCAUUGAGAUUUGCGAAAUCUUCUCCGUGGGUGGUUUCCCACUCGACGGAGCCGUUCGGAAGGGGUUUUCGGCCGUGCACAUCGCCGCAGUCACUGCGACAUGUUGGAUCCUCCUAUUAAACGCUCUUGUGGGAUUCCAAUUCCUUGACGACGGUACUCCCGCCUCAAUCGGUCUCUUCGUUGCCUCCGCGUUGGUGUUUUUCAUCGGCACAGGAUAUAUUGCCCUUGACACGGGGUUCAACUGGUCCGGAGAAUUCGCGCCGGAUGAGUCCACCGGCUAUCGCAAUAUUGCCCUCUAUGUGUUAUAUCAGCUGUUCCCCCUCGUCUGUCUGGUGGCGUUUUUCGUUUUAGAGACCGUUUUGGUGAUCCGGGUUCUGGGCGAGCUCCGACCAAUGUUGUACCUGGUUGGUGCCGGUCUCUUAUUUGCUAUCGGCCAGAUUUUCAACUAUGUUAUCAGCACUCAUCUCUGCAACGCUUCGAAUGGGAAAAUUAACGGCGCCUUAUUCGAAACUCUCUUCACCCUUCUGUCCGUGGUCACGGUUUGGGUCUUCUGGAGCAGUAUUACAGAAGACGAUUGGCCUAUACCUGCGGCUCCCAGUGGGGGAUACAAUGGCUAA